AUGGACGGAAAACAGCUGGCCUUCGUCCUACUCUGGCAAAUUGUUGUCCCUCGCGAGUGGGGCCAGGAGUGGAGCAGCUGCAACGGCGCCAAGCAGUCUCCCGUGCUCCUGCUGUCACACAAGUCGAUCGGUGUGACGGUGCCGCCGCUGCGAUUCCAGCACUUCUCCACGCCGCUCGCCAAUCCGGUCAUCUACAACACAGGAAGAACGCUGCGUGUGCGCGCGUCGAUGCCGAAACCGAUCGUGACCGGAGGACUGCUGACGGAGGAGUACGUGUUCGAUCAGGCCGAGUUCCACUGGGGCCGAGACGACCACAGCGGGAGCGAACACAUCGUCGAUGCGCUCAGCUACGCCGUCGAGACAGUUCGCCAGAACAACCCCCUGCUGCGCACGCUCAUCGCCUCCCUGAGCUCGGUGUCGUACGCGCUGGAGCGGACUGACCUGGCCCUCCCGUUGCGGCUGAUCGCCUUCCUGCCCAACGACACGCGCAACUACUACAUGUACGAGGGCUCACGCACGGUGCCACCUUGCACCGAGAACGUGCUCUGGAUCGUGUUUCGGGAGCCCGCCUUCAUCGGCCGGGAGCAGGUGUGUGAGCGCGCAGUGACGACGAAUUGUUUAUUGCAGAGGACAGGGAAGCCAGGGCUACCCUCGCCCUACUCUGAUCCACCAGACUCCAACUAG